AUGUCGGUGCGCGUCGUUGCCCGAAUUCGGCCGUUGCUGCCUCGGGAACUUGAGAAAGACAUUAUUGUGAGGGCGGAGAGUAGCGAGGAAGGCGGCCCAGUGAAUGUGGUCAAGAUCCCGAGUCCGAAGAACGAUUCGGAGUUCUCGUUUGCGUUCAAUGGCGUCUAUGACCAGUCAACGUCGCAGGAGGCGUUGUUCAACGCCGAAGUCGCACCACAUGUCAAGGCCCUCUUUCAGGGGCUCGACCUGACCCUGUUCGCGUACGGCGUCACGGGCACCGGCAAGACGCAUACGAUGCGUGGCGGACUGAAGCUGGCCGAUCGCGGUGUGAUCCCGCGGCUGCUGAGUCAUGUCUUCCGACGCGCCAAGAAGAUGAACAAGGAUGCCGACGGAUCGGCGAUCGUCACGGUAGCACUAUCUUACUACGAGAUCUAUAACGACAAGGUGUACGACCUACUGGAGCCACCGGAGAAGCGCACGCCGUCGGGACUGCCGCUGCGCGAAAAGGAUAACCGGACAUUUGUGAUUGGCCUGUCGGAACAGCCGUGUGUCGACCUGCACGACUUUGAGCGCCUGUACAUUGCAGCCAACCAGAACCGCGUGACGGCGGCGACGAAGCUGAAUGCCCACAGCAGCCGCAGUCACGCGAUCCUGCGGGUCAAGGUGACCCAGACGACUCUGGACGAUGACGGCGUGACGGUGUUGAUGAUGCGCGAGAGCACUGCCUCAGCCAUCGAUCUGGCCGGCUCUGAGGACAACCGACGCACCGAGAAUGACCGACAGCGACUGGUCGAGUCUGCAGCCAUCAACAAGAGCCUAUUUGUGCUGAGCCAGUGCGUUGACGCCAUCAGUCGCGGCGAGAAACGCAUCCCCUUCCGCGAAUCCAAAAUGACCCGCAUUUUGUCGCUCGGCCAGAAUAACGGCAUCACGGUCAUGAUCCUCAACCUAGCCCCCAUCCGCAGCUACCACCUCGAUACCCUGAGCAGCCUCAACGUCAGCUCGCGUGCCAAGCGCAUCGAGGUACGCGAGAUUGAGAACGAAGUCGUCUUCAAGCAGCCGCCCCGAUCCAUGUCCAACCUGACCUCGUCCUCAACUUCCAACGCAUCCGCUUCGUCUGCGGCAGGGCUCGCGAGACAGCCGCUUCGCGCCCUCACCAGCAACACCCACAACAUCCAGACUGGCGUCGCCGCCGCAGCAAAGGCAACGGCUGAGAAGCCCGACAAGCCCAUCAAGGCAUUUUCUGUCUACACCGACCGCAUCGUGGCAAAGCCCCCUGCUGCUCCAGCCGUGGCCUCUAUCCCACCGCCUUCGCAUGCAGCCACGGCCCCACGCAUGGGGGCGCUGCAGUCCCGACAGCCCAAGUCAAACGACAGCAACGCCAGCAACAAGCGAACAGCCGAUGCAGCGGAACACCGGCCAUCCAAACUAGCUCGGCCUACCGUCCACGCCUAUUCGGCCGCAAGUCUUGCUCGAACAACAGUACAGCAGCCUGCAGCAACACCGGCAGCUCCAGUCAUUUCAGCCGCGGACAUUGAAAAGAUCGUGGAGCGUAAGGUGGCAGAGGCGCUGGCCGCGCGGGCACAAGAAGAAGCGCAGGCUCUCGCACAGAAGCAGCCGGCCGUCGAACAGAGGAAGGCGGAAGAAGCACUGGAGACGCAGCAGCAUGCGGAUGCCAGUGAAUCGAUGCAGAAACGACUCGACGCGCUGGAGCGGCGCAUUGACAGCACUCACGAUGGAGACGAGCGGACUGAGGGUCUGCGGUAUUUGCUGCUAGCACGACAGCAUAGGGAGGCAGGCGACGACGCAGCGACGUUGCGGUGCUAUGAACAGGCGUUGCCGUUCUUCCCGGGACAGGCAAAACUGCUGGGCAAGAUUGAGAAGCUGCGCGUGAAGAUGGCCAUUAUCUCUGGCGCGAGCGAUGGUUCGUCCGCCUUGUCGCCUCGGAAAACACGUGCUGGUGUUGCUCGUGAGAGCUUACGGAAGCGUGCAUCGCACUGUGGCGAUAGCACGGGAGUGAGUGACCACAGCGAAUACUACCACGAAGCGGAAUCUGACGCAGACGCGGAAGAUGACGAUGCGAAGCGUCUGGGACGAACAGCGCACCGGCGGAGCGGAAACGCUCGAUCAAGGGGUGCCACAAGCAGUUGUGGUGGUGCUGGUCGGCGCAAGGCGAAGGAUGCCUUGAAGGAGUCGAAGACCGGAUCAGCGGUUGCGGGACUCGCCGGGGACGACGCAGACGACGAGGCACCGCUGACGCCGCGCAAAAAGCAUCUGCUGGACAUUGUCAACUCGCGUGACGUGGCACGGAUUCGCAGUCUUGCCGGCGUGGGGGCGAAGAAGGCGCGCGACCUGGUCGCCUACCUGGAUGGCCACGAGGACAGAGAGGACGCAUCACACGAUGUGUUUGAGUGCAUAAGCCCUGUAAGCACGCGGCGCAUUGGCUCCCUGGCAGAAUUGCGGAACGUCCCCGGUAUGGGCGGACGGACAGUGGAGCGGGCGUGCGCAGGAUUGGUUGUGUAA